AUGGCCCAAGCUGGCUACGCAGAGAGCUCGGAAAGCACGCCGGGCUGCCAGACUGUGAUCUGCGCCGGGGUUUCGGCAGUGCUCUGCAGAAAGGACUCGGUGCUCGUGGCGGUGGAAGGUGCCGCGGAGCCCCGCCAGUUGCAGCUUGGCCCUGGCUCCUGCGCCUUGCUGGUCCGGGGCCAGGUCUUCCAGCAGGGCGAGACGGAGGCGCUACCCUGGAGUUUGGUGGCCCGCGCGCUUGCCCAGAGGGAGGGCUUGCAAGAGCUCCGACGGUACUUCUCCACUCUCCGCGGCUCUUUCUGGGUGGCCUACGUGCGGAAGGAAGCGACGAUCUGCCUCUAUACCGCCACGGACCUCUCGGGCAUCAUGCCCAUGUGGCUUGGCCGAAGCGGCGACGGCGCCGCGCUGCUGGCGUCGGCCCAUUGGCCCCUUCGGCAAGUUCCCCUGGCCACGGAGCUCCACAACCUGCGGCAGGCGUGCCCGCGGCUCUUGCAUCGGCUCUCUCCCGGUCUUGGCAUCGAAGCCUCCGAGCCCGAUCCCUUCUAUGGUCUGCACGCGCCCGUCGCCUCAGAGAUCUCCGACGGCUCCGCGCUGCGUCCGCUAGUGGUGCAGGCGGCCCGCCGAUGCGUGGCGGGGGAGGACAGGGUCGGGCUCCUUUUCAGCGGGGGCCUCGACUCGGGGCUCUUGGCCUUCCUCUUCGCCUCAAAACUGCUGGCUCCGUGCCAGUGCACUUGCUACACCGUGGGGUUUCAUCUGGAAGACAAGAAGAUCAAGAACAAGUACGCCUACCCGGAAGACGUUUCGAUGGCAGAGGCGGCUGCAAGGGAGAUGAACUUGGAGUGGAAGCAUCACAUCAUGGACCUUGCAGAGGCGCGGCAGCUCCUCCUGGACUGUGCCUCCCUGGUGGCCGACUGGAACUCCGUGAAGGCCUCCGUGGGCAUGACCAUGCUGGCCGCUUGCCGCCUCGCGGCCGAGGACGGGGUCCGUGUGGUGCUGAGCGGGCUCGGCUCAGAAGAGGCCUUCGCAGGUUACCAGCGCCACGCCCGCGCCUGCGUGGCCGGGGAUGCGGCCACGGCGCGAGAUCGCACCCUUGGCCUGGCCCAGAUGUGGCAUCGGGACCUGCAAAGAGACUUUGCCUUGGCGUCCUUGGCGAAGGUGGAGAUGCGCUACCCCUUCCUGGACUCCGACUUGCUGGACGUCGCACUGCGCCUCCCCGCCGCGCGGGAGCUGCCGCCAGCCGGCUUGAGCUGCCGCGACGCGGUCGCGCAGAGUGUCCCGGGCGAGCUGGCGGCGGAUGGCGGCAAGGGGGCACUCCGGGCGGUGGCCCGGAGUUUGGGGGCUCCCAAGAUCAUCGCCGACCGCCGGAAGCGGGCCGCGCAGUAUGGGUCUCGGGUGUACAACGCACUGAAGAUUUUGGCGAACGAUGCGGCCAAGCAGCGCGAUCAGAGUGUUGGUGCUUGGACUCCGUAUCAUCAGGCAGAUUUUGUGAUGUCCGUGCCCGGGGCAUCGCACUCUCCAGUGGCUUUGCUGUUGACAAGCGGGUAUCACAGCAUUCAGGUAUACUGCCUCUUGAAAAGCUGGCGCUUUGACAUUGCUUGCAUUGUGGCGCCAGUGGAAGAGGCGGGCCAAGGGGCUCUGAGCUGGGCGGCUGCCUUUGCAGCCUCCGUCCAGCUUCCGCUCCUCGAGAUGCGAGUGGCCUUCUCCACUCCUGGCUAUGACAUGGAGUCGCUGGUGGCUGCGCUGAGAUCGGCACGCGACCAGUACGGUGUAGAAGGGGCGGCCUGUGGCCACGUCUGCGACCUGGACCUUUGGGGCGGCGUUGCUGCAGCCUGCGACCUCACUGGCUUGCGUGCCUAUGCCCCUGAGUGGGGAUGCUGUUCGGAGGAGCAAUCCAGCAUGCGCCGGCUGGUCCAUGACGGAGCUGUCCUCCAGAUUACCAAGUUUCCCGACCCGGCUUUCCUGGGUUGUACGAUUGCCACACCUGAGGAGGCAGAUGAAGUGCUAUCACUUUUGCGGUGCAUAUGUGGGUCUGAUGCGACAGACGACACCGACGCAGGUUACGUUGACUGUGAGUUUGUCUCAAACCGCUUCCUGCCCUGUGGCGUGCGUGAGAUCAAAGGUUUCAGCGUAAGCGACAAAGUGCGCUCGCGGGAAAGCCCAGCCGAUGAACAUCAUUCGGAAAAUUGUUUGCGGGAGGGGCAAGUACAAGACUAG